CGGUCCUGUAACUACGCCACUUCCUAACUGAUCCCGGACUGCGAUAUGUUCUGGUGUCCGUUCCGAUUUUCAGUUUAUGACUUUUUUGGUUUUCAAAGUUGUAUUAAUUCGGUGAUAAACGGCACUCCGUACCUUUGAGCGUUUUAAUGAGUCUAAUAAAUCUAGCACUUUCGUGUAUAGCUGAGCGAUGCUCAUUCCUUCCAAGUACCGGCCAGUAACACGCCCAUGUGGCUGACUCCACCCGUCAUGGUCCUUAAAAGUCGCUCCAAGCAGGACUCCCCUGCAGAUCUUACCGGAUGAAGGGUCUCUGAGACGGUUUGAGCAUGAGGAUGAUGAUGGUUGGGGCUAUGAAGAUGGUGCGCGUCUUGGGAUUUUACAGGACUUCUCAGCGAGUCUGAGCGCGACCGCACCAUCCUGAACUUAGUAUUACAAUUGUAGCUCUUGGAGUAUUAUUUUACAUUUACUUUAUUACUAUUAUUUUACAUUACUUUUAAAACAUUGAAAUGGAAAAUUACGAAGAAAUCACGUCGUUUUUAGGGGAGUGGGGGCGCUUCCAGAAGUGCGUCUUCUUUCUGCUGAGUCUAACCUUCAUCCCUCACGGUUACUUGAAUUUAUCGAUGGUUUUUCUGGCUGCCACGCCGCAACACCACUGCGAAGUGUCCUACACAUACGGCGAGAACAUCAGCGACUACAUCCCGUACGAAGGGACGAGCGGGGACCGGGUACUCAGCAGGUGCAGGCGAUACAAGCACCUCAAUGGGACCGCGGCUAGCUGGGCAAACGAAACGGAGGGAUGCCUGGACGGAUGGAGGUUCAGCGCCGACACGUACAAGUCCACCAUCGUGACAGAGUGGAGCUUGGUGUGCGAAGAUUCGUGGAAGGCGCCUUUCGCCUCCUCCGUCUUGUUCUUCGGUGUGAUGGCAGGCUCCUUAAUAUCUGGCCAGGUCUCUGACAGGUUUGGUCGGAAGCUGGUUUUUUUUGGCAGUCUGGUGCUAAUGAACACAUUUGCAGUGCUUCAGGCGCUCUCUAGCAGCUGGGAGUGGUACUGCACCUUCUACUUCUUUGUGGGAAUGGCGCGCACCUCCAGCUACAUAUCCGGCUUCAUCCUCGGUUCCGAGCUGCUCGGUAAGUCCACCCGCGUUUUGUUCUCUUCCCUGGGGGUCUGCAUCUGCUACGCUCUGGGCUACACCUGCCUCCCCAUCUUUGCCUACUUCAUCCGGGACUGGCGGAUGCUGCUGAUGGCCCUGACGAUUCCUGGGUUCCUCUGCAUCCCACUGUGGUGGAUCAUACCUGAGUCGCCCCGCUGGUUGCUCUCUCACGGACACGUGGAUAAGGCUGACGCCAUCAUUCGGGCCAUCGCCAGAAAGAAUGGUGUUGAUGCCCCUGAGAUUAUAUUCAAGACGGAGGACGGCUCUCAGCUGCUAGGAAAAACAGCGCCUCAGAGAGUAUACACUAUUAUCGACCUCAUAAGAACAACUAACAUCAGGAACAUCACCAUCCUCAACACCAUUAUUUGGAUUGUCACGUCCAUGACCUACUACGGCCUUUCCCUGAACACCCCCAACAUGGGUGGGGACCCCUACCUGAACUGCUUCAUCUCCGCCGUGUCAGAGAUCGUGGCCUACGUGGCCACGUGGCUCUUCAUGAGAUACACCGUCCGGCGCUUCACCCUCAUCUUCCUCUUCCUGUUGUCGGGGGUGACGCUUCUCAUCAUCAAGUUCGUCCCUGAUGAGCUGGACGCAGUGGUGCUGGUUCUGGUCAUGGUGGGUAAGGGGGGCAUCACUGCAGCCUACUGCUUCAUCUACAUCUACUCCACGGAGAUGUUCCCCACCGUACUGCGGAACACAGGCAUGGGGGCGAUCUCCACAGCCACCCGUGUUGGCACCAUCCUCUCUCCCUACAUUGCCUACAUCGGAGAUUACAACAAGGUCGCCCCCUACAUCCUGAUGGGCAGCGUCACCGUCUCGGUGGCCUUCCUGAGUCUGCUGCUUCCCGAAACCAAAGACAGUGAGCUUCCAGAGCUCAUCAGCCAAGUCAAACCCAUCAUGUGGUGCGAUUCAGAAAGUCGCCCGUCGUGUUUCCAUAAGCAGACUUUAUUAAGCAAAUGUGCUUCCAAGAAGUCGGAAAGGGCCUGCACCGAUUCCCUUAGCAGGGAAAGCGAAGUGUCACCAUCGUAGUGGGACGUCUAACGGUACCAGGGAGCUGCCCACAGACACACCUGGAUCGUAACCUGACCCUCAGUGUGAUGUCUAGGAUGUUUGGGAUGUGUCUCUUGGGCUGGGUUUGUGGGUUUUGGUUCUGGUUCUAGUCCAGUUCUGGGUACCCUCUUUGAUUUUCUACUCACUGUUCACCUAGCUGGAACUGUAAAGGCAUUCAGAUCAAAACCAGAUAUAAAUAUGUUUACAGA